AUGAGACUCCCCAACUUAAAGGAGUUAAGGACGUACCAGAACAUUGGGAAAGUACUGCUGGAUCUACCAAAGCCAUAUGUGUCCAAACUAAAGGUCAUCGGUGAUUAUGACACUAGCCAGAGUCAAAUGGAAGCCAUCAUAGGCGUAUGCCCCCAUCUGGAAGAGCUUUCUCUGGAAGAUCCAGAGAAGAAGAGCCUCAUCCUUCUAGAGGAGCUAAGGCACUUAAAAAAGUUGAAAAUUUCCCAAGUUUUCCCCGAUAACAUCCGGUUAAGGACGCUUACUUUGACCACCUUACAACUGAACAACUCCAUAGUGAACUCUGAUGAUUUGUGUCUCACCAUGGAAAAUUUGAUCCUGGUUUCCUGCCAGUUACGCGGUUUCCAAGAGUCAAGAUUUCGAAACUUAAGAAUGCUCGAACUGAUCGACUGUGACGUCGAAAAGAGUCAAAUUUUACCUCUUUUGUACUAUUGCGACCUCAUCCAGAGGUUAGCGUUGUCCAAUGAGAUCAAUUUAACCGACAAGGACCUCAAGGACUUAUGCGAUAAACAGAAAUUGAAAUAUUUAGAGGAAUUAUGGUUGACUUUAGCGAAACACUUGACGAUCGAUUCGGUGAUUUUGUUGAUGAAUCACUGCGAUCGACUGAUCGAGUUGGGCACAUUAAACGGUUGGGACGUGGACAACGUCGAGGUGAACUAUCUAAGGUGUCUGGUGCGAUUGUCGAAUAUGAAGUUGAAUUUUUUGUAUUUUCAGUGUUUUUGA